ACUCUUGUUUUUUCUGAACCCUUACUCAACCCUUUGGUCCGUUCGGAGAAGAAAUCUAUGGAAUCACAGUAGGAUAGACCUACUUUAAGUGAAAAUGUAAGAAAUUUUUCACCGGAGUCCGGCAAGAAUCGUUGCUUUCAAUAAUGGCGUUACAGCCAUUCACUAACGAACAAUUGAAUUGCUUCAAGUUUGCUCUCAUCGCGUUCAAUGAGAUCCCCAAGGCAUUACGUCAAACUUUCAAACAGAUGUGGGACACCAAAUUUGCGUCUCUCCCUAAUUUCCAGGCGUGGGAUGACUCUAAUAAAGUACGUACGCUGUUUUUAAGAACUGAGGGUGGAGCAACCAAAGUCCCCACAAAUCGCUCCUUUGAUGAAUGGGAUUGUACAGCCCUUUUCCAGGCCACCAUCCAUGCACGGUCCUUUGCUUUACCAGGCAGCAAAGGCCAUCAUAGGACGCUCUAUGAUUUGUACGUGAAGCCUUGUAAAUUACCACAUGGUACUUUCCAUUCUUCUGUUGUUAGUUCUACUGGAGAUAACGCAGAAACCUUUGCACUAGCGAUCGAUCAGAUUCGUUUGUUGAGAAAUUCGUUCUGUCACGCAUUUAAAUCCGAAUUGGACAAAACAACGUUUGAUCGAUAUGUUAAACUCGCGAAAGACGCGAUCAAGGCCCUUGGAGUCAAUACUGGCCCCAUUGAUGCUGUUGGAAGUUUGACUGAGUCUGACUUUCCCACUCAGGAAGUUCAGAAGAUAAGGGAUGACAUCAGAAAAGAGGUUCAAAAAGAAAACGAAUUUCUCAGAGAAGAAGUUAAAGAUGACUUGCAGCUCCUAAAAAAAUCCCAAAGGAAAGAUACUGAGGAGCUGAAGAAGACGCUAAAGAGGACCAAAACGGAAAGUCAAGAUAUCACCAACGCGAAAAUAGCCAAACUUCAGACAGAAGUUACUUCUUCCACCAAAGAUGUGAAAGAUGACCUAAAGCUUCUUCGGAAAUCACAGGUAGAGGGUACUGUACACUUGAAGAAGGCAAUCGAAACAGAAAAUGCUGCCAGCCGAGAGAUGAUGACUGAGAAGUUUGCCGAGUUUCAGAAUAAAGGCAUAGCACUCAGGGAAGGUGUGAAAGAUGAGCUAAAGCUUCUACAGGAAUCGCAAAGGGAAGGUAUUGAAGAACUGAAGAAAGCAAUUGAAACGGUCGAUGCAGGAAGCCAAGAGAUGGUAAAUAGAAAGUUUGCCGACUUUGACAAGGAAAGAAUUGCACUCGUGAAAAAUGUCGAAGAUGAGCUAAAGCUCUUGCAAGAAUCUUACUUAGAAAGCACUUCGGACCUGAAGAAGACCUUUGGGAUGGCAAACGCUGCCGGCCAAGAAAUGAUAAAUGCAAAGUUUUCCGAGAUUCAAACUGAAAGCAGCGCACUCAGAAAAGCUUUUAAACGUGAGAUAAAGUUAUUACAAGAAUCACGCGGUGACGAUACUUUGGACCUGAAAACAAUCGCUUCUAGCCAAACGCUGGUGACGCAAAUAAUUUCCGAGCUCAACCAAACGAUCAAAGACCUACUGAAGGAGGAGAGUUCAGGUUCUAAACUCUCUUUACCUCGAUCAAAUCUCCCUCCGAUGGUUCCGCAUUUCACUGGUCGCGAGGAGGAGUGUGACCAGAUUAUUGGUCACAUGACUUCUGAUUCGACACGAAUCGUAUCCGUUUGGGGCUCGCCAGGGUUUGGAAAGACGUCCACGGCAAUUGCUGUGGGGCAUCGUCUUCGUGAACGGGGUUUGCCUGUCUACUUUAUUUCAUUACGUGGGCUGAAGUCAAAAGGAGAUUUAAUGUCAAAACUACUUAGCUUCUUUCGGACUGAUAAAUCAGCGAAUCAAGGUUUAACUGUUGAAGAUGAAAUUGGUUUCAUUUUUGAACGACUGUCGGAUCACUGUGUGUUGAUCCUUGAUAAUGCUGAUGAUUUGUUUGAAUGUGGUGCGCCAACCGUGAAAGAGGAGACUGUGAAUCUGCUGAAAGAGAUUCUCAACCGCAGUGAAAGGGUAGAUUUUCUUUUAACUACGAGGGAGUCAAUGGCUUUUAUGAAUGUGUCUUUGCAGGGACACCAGUCUGUUAGGAUAAGAGAACUCGAAACAUCAUCGUCCAAGACUUUGGUGAGAGAGCUACUUCCGGAGGUGAACACAACUAACGUAAUGAAAAUCGUGCAGAUCUGUGGGCAGGUGCCUUUAGCCAUAAAGCUUUUGUGCUCGUCACUUUCUGAAGAUUUUGCCCAUUGUAGUUCGGAUCUUGAUGAGUUAUUGCAGUCGAAACGUAGUCUAAUUGAGCUGCUGGACAACCCAGAUUAUACCAGUGACUUGAGGCUAAAAACCCUAUUUGAAUCAUCCUUCCAGAGACUCUCUUCGCAGAAUCAAGAGGCACUGAUAUCCUUGUGUAUUCUACCCGAAAAUUUUGAUCUCACGAUUGCAAAAGCUGUUUUAGGACUAUCAAGUUCCUCCGAAGCCAAAAAAGUUUUGCGCGAGCUACAAAGGAGGUCCCUCAUUGACAGCUGUCCAAAUUUGGACGAGUUCUCCAUUCACAAGCUUUUACAGUCGUACGCAAAGCACAAAGGCGAGCUUGACAUGAAAGAAACAAUUCUACUCGCAAAAACUCGCUUUUUAUCUUUCUUCAUAUCUUUGUUUGACAAAUUAAAUGAAAUGUUUCUUACUGGAAAAUCAAUGACAGCAUUUAUCGAGUUCUUUGAGAAUGAAAAGAGCAUUUUUCAAAGUCUAAUUAAUGGAUGUUCAGACUGCAAGACAGCGGAAAAAGUCUUUAACAUUUUGCUAAAAUCAGAGAUGUUUCUUGACACCGUCUACUGGGACGAGGAAGCUAAAUUUGAAGAGAUUUACCUUUCAGCAAUAACUGCAGCCAAUAAGGUUGAAAGAAGAGAUCUCCAUGGGAAACUACUUCAGUCCAAAGCCUUUGGAAAAAUUAUGAGGGGAGAUGAAAGAAGGGCGAUACAGCUGCUUGCGGAGGCCAAACGAAUCCAAUGUUCUACCUCUACUGGGUUUGACGGUGAUAAAGGAAAAUACUUCUGCUACUUCGGUAUCCAUAAACUUGUGACGGGAAAGACCCAGGAUGGAGUACAAAGUUUACAAGAAGCUAUUGAUUUUAUGAAUAACACUCCUGAGCACAAAGUUCUAAAGCUCAUUGCUUUUCAGAUUCUUGCUGUUUUUUAUCAAAGCCAAAGUGAUCACCAAACUUCCUCCAUGUUCUAUGGCAUAGCGCUGCAAGAAGUUAAGGAGGUGGGAGACACUGAUUUAUUAAUGAUUCCUGACGUCAAUGAAAAAAGACUAUAUGCGCACGAGCAAAGGAAAAGUCCACUCAAAGAAAAAGCAAACCACCCAAUUAAAAUUGAAGUCAUGACUCUUGUUGAAUUAGUAAUAGGAGACAUAUCCACCCGCGACAUCAAUGAAUUUUUCAGUACUUUGAUGCUUAAAGUUCUCGAAGACACUAAAUCAGCAACUGGAAUGACGAAGCUUGGUUGGUUCAAAUUUCAUGAAUACUCCCUCGGUAUGCUGGUGUUUCUAAAUAAGAAUGAGGAAGGUGUAUCAGUUGCCAAGGAAAGAAUCACCUAUCAUCAGGAGUCACUACAAAAGAUCAGAGAAAGCAAUAACCCAAUUCUUAAACUACACAAAGACGCACUGGCAAAAUGUUAUUCACAACUUGCACACCAUCAAGAGUGUCUAAAUAACUCAGCAGAGGCCGUCAAUUCAGCACAACAUGCACUUACAAUCAUGUUACAGUUGUUCGGCGAGGGACAUGCAAAAACCGCAAACAGCCACCAUCAGCUGGGAUUUAAACAAUAUAAACUUGGAGACUACUCCUCAGCUGCUGAGUCACACAAGCGUGCACUUGGCAUCAGAAUAAGGUUACUUGGGGAGGAACAUAAAGACACCGCCGACAGCUACUCUCGGCUGGGGUUUACCCAACACAACCUGGGAGACUACUCCCCAGCUGCUGAGUCACACAAGCGUGCACUCAGCAUCAGAAUAAAGAUACUUGGGGAGGAACAUGUAGACACCGCCGACAGCUACUGUGGGUUGGGGGUUACACAAAAUGCACUAGAGGAUUACUCCUCAGCUGCUGAGUCACACAAGCGUGCACUUAGUAUCAGAAUGAAGCUAUUUGGGGAGGAACAUGCAGACACCGCCGACAGCUACUAUGGGUUAGGGGUUGCUCAACACAACCUGGGAGACUACUCCUCAGCUGCUGAGUCACACAAGCGUGCACUUAGCAUCAGAAUAAAGCUACUUGGGGAGGAACAUGCUGCUGAGUCACACAAGCGUGCACUUAGCAUCAGAAUAAAGCUACUUGGGGAGGAACAUGCAGACACCGCCGACAGCUACUAUGGGUUAGGGGUUGCUCAAUACAACCUGGGAGACUACUCCUCAGCUGCUGAGUCACACAAGCGUGCACUCAACAUCAGAACAAAGCGACUUGGGAAGGAACAGAAACACACCGUCGACGGCUAUUGUCUGUUGGGGGUUACACAAAAUGCACUAGAAGAUUCCUCUUCAGCUGCUGAGUCACACAAGCGUGCACUUGGCAUCAGAAUAAAGCUACUUGAGGAGGAACAUGUAGACACCGCCGACAGCUACUCUUGGCUGGGGUUUACCCAACACGGGCUGGGAGACUACUCUUCAGCUGCUGAGUCACGCAAGCGUGCACUUGGCAUGAGAAUAAAGCUACUUGGGGAGAAACAUGCAGACACCAUCGACGGCUACCGUCUGUUGGGGGUUACACAAAAUGCACUAGAAGAUUCCUCCUCAGCUGCUGAGUCACACAAGCGUGCACUUGGCAUGAGAAUAAAGCUACUUGGGGAGAAACAUGCAGACACCACCGACGGCUACCGUUUGUUGGGGGUUACACAAAAUGCACUAGAAGAUUCCUCCUCAGCUGCUGAGUCACACAAGCGUGCACUUGGCAUCAGAAUAAAGCUACUUGAGGAGGAAUAUGUAUACACCGCCGACAGCUACUCUCGGCUGGGGUUUACCCAACACUGGCUGGGAGACUACUCUUCAGCUGCUGAGUCACACAAGCGUGCACAUAGCAUCAGAAUAAAGCUACUUGGGGAGAAACAUGCAGACACCGCCGACAGCUACCGUCUGUUGGGGGUUACACAAAAUGCACUAGAAGAUUACUCCUCAGCUGCUGAGUCACACAAGCGUGCACUUAGCAUCAGAAUAAAGCUACCUGGGGAGGAACAUAAACACACCGCCGACAGCUACCGUCUCUUGGGGGUUACACAAAAUGCAGUAGAAGAUUACUCCUCAGCUGCUGAGUCACACAAGCGUGCACUUAGCAUUAGAAUAAAUCUACUUGGGGUGGAACAUGCAGACACCGCCGACAGCUACCGUGGGCCGGGGGUUGCUCAACACAACCUGGGAGACUACUCCUCAGCUGCUAAGUCACAUAAACGUGCAUGUGGCAUCAGAAUAAAGCUACUUGGGGAGGAACAUGUAGUCACCGCCGACAGCUACUCUUGGCUGGGGUUUACCCAACACGAACUGGGAGAUUACUCCUCAGCUGGUGAGUCACACAAGCGUGACUUGGCAUCAGAAUAA